GCUACGCCAUAAAAGUGGAAUUUUUCGAAUCCACACUGCAUUGUUACUAGUUGCUUCGGACAAUCAAAACCAAAAUGAAGGCUUCGGUAGCACUUUUCCUUUUGCUGGCAAUUGGUGCACAUGCCGUCCCGUUGGAUCGUCAGCGCAGUCUGGUGUAUGACGCCAACGGACGUCUACACUUGGUCAACCCAGAUCCUUACAGCACGGUUAACGAAGAAUUGGAACCGUUGUUCAACGCUGAAACAGAUGUCGUUUUCCGACUGUUCACCCGCUCGAAUCCGAACAGCGCUCAAGUAAUAGGAUGGAACGAUGCAUCCUCGGUUCAGAGCUCCAAUUUCAAUCCAUCUCAUCCGACGCGAUUCACCGUCCAUGGCUGGAAUGGUGAUGGAACUUCCGGACUACAUGCCAACAUUCGUAGCAAUUACUUCGCAGUCGGAGAUUUCAAUGUCAUCAAUGUCGACUGGGGUGCUGGGGCACAAACCGCCAAUUACGUUACGGCCAGGAACCGGGUGGCCGCAGUCGGAUCCGUAAUUUCAGGAAUGGUAAAUACAUUGGUUUCCGCUUCGGGAAUUUCUCGCAACAGUGUCAGUCUCAUUGGUCAUAGUUUGGGAGCUCACGCAGCAGGAAACGCUGGAAAAAACCAAAAUGGUCAGAUCAACACAGUUGUCGGGUUGGACCCGGCUGGUCCACUGUUUUCGCUUGAUAAUUCAGACAUCAUGGGAUCAAAUGAUGCUCAAUAUGUGGAGGCUGUUUUUUCAAAUGCUGGCACUCUGGGAUUUGAUCUACCACUAGGGAAUGCAAAUUUCUACCCCAACGGAGGACGUUCGCAACCCGGCUGCGGUACCGAUGUUUCGGGUAACUGUGCGCACUCGAGAGCUCACGAAUAUUUCGCUGAGUCCAUCUCUAGUUCGGCUGGAUUCCGAGCAACCCGGUGUGCUUCUCACUCCGAAAUAUUGAACGGUCAAUGCACUCCCAGUGGCUCGGACGCUAGAAUGGGUGGCGAACCAUCGAACCAAGGUCGCGGUGUGAGUGGUGUUUAUUGGUUCAACACAAACUCGGCUUCUCCGUUUGCACAGGGCUGAUUACGGAAAUAAAUCUCCAUCGAAAGUGA